CGGCGCGGCGUGGCUUGAACCUUGAUUCAUUGUCGAACACCAUGCCCCAGCACCACGAGCCUUUUGACCCGACGAAGCGCGUGCCCAAGUUCCUUCGGCACCUCUACAACAUUCUCGCACACGAAGACCCGUCGAUCAUUGCAUGGUCGCUCGACGGGCUCUCGAUCAAGCUCCAUAACGUCCGCCGCCUCGAAGGCGAGGUCCUUCCCAAGUACUUUAAACACAACAAACUCGCGAGCUUCCAGCGCCAGCUCAACUACUUUGGCUUUCGCAAGUGGACCAAGACGCAAGCCUGCGUGUGCACGUUCAGCCACCCGCACUUCACGCGCGACGCUGUGACGCCGAGCCACAGCGACGCGAGUGAGAAUGACAACCAAGCAGAGCUUCGGAGCCCCGAGUGGUCAACGAGCAUGGGCGAUCCGCUGAGCGAGACCGACGACAUCGAAGCGGCACUGAGUCCGAGGGACUGGGACAUUUGUCUGCAAGUGCUCUCGACGCCGUUGGCCCUCGACUGGCUCAGCCCCGUCGAGCUUCACCAUGUCAUGUUGGCAAGCGACGGCAAGGAGGCUUUGGACCCAUGGUCCAACAACGUUUUGCACUAAAGCGAACCCUCCCAUUGUACACUGCGAUACAUAUUUAAUCGAAUAAAAAAGCGACGAAGACCGAGCUCUUUGAACGCC